GGCUGCCGGGAAAGCGAUGGCGGCGGCAGCGGGAUCUGCUCCGACUUUGUGGCCCUGAGCAAUGGCCCAGAGGUGAGCCCAGAGCUGGCCCUGAGGUGGCCCUGAGAAGAAGUGGAAGGCAGAGGUGGUGCUGAGGCAGGAGAGCCCCGUGCUGGGGAAGAGGCUGAGCUGGGAGUGCCCAGCAGCGAGAAGGUGCUGUGUCCAUGCCCUGUGUGCCAGCAGGAUUUGUCCUUCCCAAAGUUUGGGAGGAUGAAGGAGGAGAGGAAAAAAGUGCGGGCCCCUCAGGCAGGCCCCGAGCUGAGGACGGAGAGCACGGAGGACAAAUCCCCCCGGCAGAGCCUGGUGGGAGAGGCCGUUUUGAAGGGCUCCCCGGUGCAGGAAGGCAGCGGGGAGGAAAAGGCCCGGAGAUGCCCCCGGAGGAGGGGCUGCAAAGCCAGCCCAGGGAGCUCUGAGGUGGAAAGACCCGUCCUGUGCCGGGAAGGCGACCGGAGCUUGAGCUGGAGCUCUGAGCUGGUGGUCCCUGAGCAGCCUCCCAGCAGGGAGAAACCCUUGAGGUGCUUGGAAUGUGGGAAGAGCUUCAGCCGGAGCAACGACCUCCUCAACCACCUGCACAUCCACACUGGGGAACGGCCCUACACGUGUAGGGAAUGUGGGAAGAGUUUCACCCAGAGCUCCAACCUCCUCAAGCACCAGCUCAUCCACACCGGGGAACGGCCUUACAAGUGCUUGGAAUGUGGGAAGAGGUUUCGGUUCAGCUCACAUCUCCUCAGGCAUGAGCAAACACACACAGGGGAGAGGCCCUUCCGCUGCACCGACUGCGGGAAGGGCUUCAAACGGAACGACACCCUUGUCAUCCACCGGCGCAUCCACACCGGGGAGAGGCCCUACAAGUGUGGAGAGUGUGGGAAGAGCUUCACCCAGACAGCUCACACUUGACCUCCCACCAACGGACCCACCAUUAAGGGAAGCCCGACGAGUUCCCCAACUGCGGGAAGAGCUUCGGCCACUGAUCCCACCCUGAAUGACCCCCCUGAUGGUGAGGCAACCCCUGGAGUCCAGUGAUUGUCAGUCCAUCCCUUUCUACCAGAAAGGGCCAGUCCCCUUUCCCAGGGGCAGGUUGUGCCAACAGAACCCUUCUUGGAGGGUGUGUGGAGAUUCCUGCCUUGGCUGGGGACCCCCCAAGGUCAGUGCUGGAGGUUGAGAGCAGAGAUCUCCCCACGAUUGUUGGUCUGGGGGAGUUCCAUCCAUUUCUAAUUCAUAAUUCUUGCUUUGGUGCCAACUUGAGUAGAAUUGCUUCAAAAAUUGCUUUAGUGUAGAACACUGUCCUAUCUUAUUCUGUAUUAGUGGUAGUUUUAGUGUUUCUUUAGUGUUUCUUUUAAUGUUUCUUUAGUGUUGCAGUUUCCAUGGAGAAAAGGUGAGGGGAGGUGGGCAGAGAUUCUCGGCUACAGUCACCAGUUCUUCUCCCUUUCCUCUCCCUGAUUUUCCAGAAUUUGCCCUCAAUUUUUAUAGUGUUCACAGGAGCUUGAACAUGGUUUCUUGGCACGUAGCCAGUUCAGAUGUUGGAAUAGAUAUGAUAAUCAUAAACAAUGGCAGGAUCUUUUGGCAGGAAAAGAGCCGUGGGAAGUCCUGGUGAGAACUUCUGGCAGAGAGCUGACAGAGAAUGUUUGAUAGGAAGUUUUUGACAGGCAGAAACAAUUUUUGGCAUUUUUAUAUUAUCUGUGUGUUACAGAUGGUUGCCAUGGUAAAUAACUGGGAAUGCAUAAUGGUUGCCAUGGUAACCACAGUAUCAAUGAUACUUUAUAACGGUUGCCAUGGUAACCGAGGUAACAAUGAGAAUGCAGAAGAUAUACCAUGGUAACGAAAUUCACAAUGAGAAUAUGUAGUGGUUGCCAUGGUAACCAAGGUCGCAAUGAGAAUGCACAGUUGUUGCCAUUGUAAGUGACAUAACAAUGAGAAGGGACAAUGGUUGCCAUGGUAACCAACAUCACAAUGAGAAUGCUUAAUUGUUGCCAUGGUAACCAAUGUAACAGACUGCAUAAUGGUUGCCAUGGUAACCGAAGUCACAGUGAGAAUACACAAUUGUAACAGAGAUCACAAUGAGAAUGCACAAUGGUUGCCAUGGUAACUAAGGUCACAGUGAGAAUGCACAAUGGUUGCUAUGGUAACUGUGGUAACAAUGAGAAUGCACAAUGGUUGCCAUGGUGUGAGGGGGGGAAUUUUGAUUCAGAUGAUCAGUGGAGCAUAGAGGGGUGAGAAAGUGAUUACAUUGGGGUGUGAAACCAGCCAGAAUAUUGUACAAUGUGACUUUAUUGCACAAGUUGACUGUAGGGCCCACUGUGUCUUUAGCAAUUUUAAUUGGAUAUCCCCCAUUAUCAUACCUGAGUUCCUCCUUGGCUUGGCUCCACUCUGCAAGAGAGAUACAAAUUCCCUUGAAACACAAUGGUACAGGUCGUCCAUAGGGCUGAGCAAGGUGAUGGAGAGGAAGAUGAUGUGGGCAGGGGUCGUUGGCCCCUUGCCCUACAGUGGGGCUCGCCCAGACUGUUGGCAUGAGGUGAUGAACAGGGACUGUUUGGCUGCCACUCAAGCACCACCUUCUGCUGCGUCCUGGCCCUACGUAGUGUAAUGUAGAGCUGAUGGAAUGGGGUGUCAGCACUGCUGGGUGGAGCGAUGCUCAUCCUUCCAUCCACACUGUGCUGCUCCGCGGGGACACCCGCCAAGCACGGGCACCGACCAGCCCUGCAGAGCCUGGUAGGCCUGGCCUGUCUGUGCAGGUGAGCACAGUUUAUUGAUAGGAAGCAACCAGGAAAGAAAACAUUUUGUAUUUUUUUUUUUUUGUAUUCCUUUAAUUCCCUUUUUACUAGCUAAUGUUGUAAUAAAAGCUGAUUGUAGUAUUGUAUGAAUGCUAACUGAUAAAGUAGUGAUUUUGUCUUCUUUUUUAGCUUUUUAACCUCUUUGCUAGUAGUCUUUUACUCUAACUGCAAUAAGAGAUUUUUUGUAAUGUUUGAA